GUACCUGGUCCCAGUAAGGCCAUUUUAGGGGAGGACUGUCGGUGGCGGCGUCGCACUUGUCAACGCCCUUCAGAAGUUCUCAGCCUAGACAGACGGAAAAUGGAACAGAGGAAGACAAGAGGGAACAGUAUCAAAAAGUUAGAAGCCAUCCAGGAAAAACUCAACAGCGUGCACAAGAUCGUGACAGAGGCGUAUGGAAAUGCUGAGUGACACCAGGGAAGAUCUGAGGAGGAGACUGUGCACCACGUGCGGGGGCGUGGGGUCCGUCCUGCACAAACUUCAGCACAACCCACACUCCCACAGGCUCUGGUUUCGGUUCAGACACAGGCGAGCUGCUCGCUUGGCCUAGGAGGGCUUGCACGGGGUCCCGCACACGUUCCCCCACCUCCAGGCUCACGGGCAGGGGACCCAACGUGUUCCCGGGGUGCUUCAAAAGCAUUAUGUUUAAGUCCACGUGCCAUAGUGGCCAUGAAACCACCAAGACUGAGAAGUCCAGCUCAACGCAGAAUGUCUUGGGAAACCGCGUUAAAAUGAACUCUUGCCAGAAAUGACGAAGAGAGCGGAAAGGCAUGCUCCGGGGCAGAAGGAUACGCUGCCCACGUACGCCUGGUGAAGGACUUGCACCCCUCCCCCACCCGCCCACCGCCAGCUGAUGAGCCUGAGGGGCCGUGGUCCCGCUGGUGUUGGGAGAAGACCAACGGAAUGAAAGCCACCAUCCACUCACCUUCGGGCCUUGGGAACAGACAGGGUGGCGGUGGGGUGUGCAGGACACUCCUCGGCCCCAGAACGUGGUGACCUGCUAACUACUCGGGAAGGCUCGACCUCACCUGCCGAGAAGACACGCACCUGGAUCCCAAUAAGUCCACCGAGGGCCCACAAGCUCGCGGCACUGUCCACGGGCAGUAGGUGGGUGAGUGCGUCCUAAGGCACGAGCGAGGAUGUGGGGACAGCUGUGUGUACGAGCUGGCUGAAUCGCACGUCACACAAGCAGCCAGACCCAGCGCUUGCGUGGGUCCCCACACACCUGACGCCAGACGCCUCGGGGAGACCCUCAGGGGUCCAACUCCCUGAGUGGUGGGGGCUGACUACGGGUGUUGCUGCAGCGAGCACCCGCCGCAGCGGCGAGGUCCCGUGGAGCGUUUCGGCCAUGCAGGCCCAGCCGGGGUUUACAGAAAGAGCCCUGUCCCCUCCCGCUGCACACCCUCCCUUCCCAGCCGGGCCGAGAGCUUGGCGGAACGUGCUGAGUCGGCACUUUGUGCUCUGUAAACGCGUGUUUACCGUGUCAAUUUCUGGGCGUGCACUUUCUCUGGCAGAUCUAUAAUUUCUCAGAACAGAGGCUGAGAACCGACCUGGAAAUCAAUCAAAGCUCAAUAAAGGGACAGAUAAAGCCGCCCCCACCCCUGGCACCAGGAGCUGUGGGCCAGACAGGGGCGAAGCGGGGGUGGGGGGAACGGAGAGGGGCGCCGUAGCUGCCCCCAAGCCCUCCCUGCCGCGCUGCCUCCGCCUGGCCAGGAAGUACACUGCAGAGUCUCCCGAACCUCCACCAGCCCUGCCCCUUCUCUCAAGGGGAGCCCGGCCGUGCCCUCGUCCACUCGCCUCUGCCCUGCUGCUCGAAUCACCUCUUCCUGGGGGCUGGCCACGCGCAGUGCAGCCCUCCAGCCCUGCCUCUACCGAGGACCCCUCCCCGGCUGUGGCAGCCGCGCCCAGGGUGGGUGGAUGAGGGUGCGGCCGGGCUCCCUUUGCUCGAGCAGCCAGAGGCCAUGCUGGCUGUCAACUUUCUUCCCCGCCUGACCUGGGGCUGACCUCAGGCCAUGCACUGGGCGGUCAUCCUGUGCAGAACGGGCUGGUCAUGGCCCCCCAGGAGCUCUGGAGGACAGCUUGGGUCCCAGAGCAGGUGGAGGCUGGUUCUGUGGCCACAAGACCUGGCCCCCAAGGCCAGGCCUCCCUCCACUCUUUCUGGGAGGGCAGUGCUAGGGAAAGCAAACACGAGGGGGCCGGGGGCCCUGCCGGGUGUUUCUAGAAAAGAUUGGGGGGAGGAGUGGUCAGACACCAGCUGACCCUGAGGUCCCAGAAACUGAGGCUGGGCGGGGCCCCGCGGAGUCCUAAUGAGGACCCCACCCAGGUUGUUAGGAAAUGGGCAGGGGGAAGGAGGGGGGUGGUCAGCGUGCCAGUCCCAUCUCCCACUUAACUCCCACAUGGCCGUCUGCUGAGCGGGAGGUCCCCCACAGCUGUCAGAGGGGCCCCCACCCAGGGGCUGGGGGCCAGCCAAACCUGAAGUUGGCUUUGAAGUGAACAUGGCCCCCCAGCCUCUCCCCUGCGCCGUCUGCAUCCUGGGCAUUUGGGGCUGAUGCUGGGCGCCGGGCACGAGAGGGUUAAUGGAAUCCGGGCCAGUGGGGCUGGGCUGGGCUGGCCAGCGACAGGGUGCUGGCUGCCCCAGCAGUGGGGGAAUCAGAGGGCACGAGCAGCCGGCCCCAGCAGACGCACUCAGCUCGCGGCCCGCCUGUGGCCUUUCUGCACGCGGGAUGGCCCUGAUUAGAGGAGGCCCGGCCCUGGCCGUGCUGCUAGUCUGCUGGGCAGCGCUGGGCCCCUGUGGCCCCGAGGGAGCGGAGCCCGGGGCUCCGGGGGCCGCCGAGAGCCUGCAGUGCCCGGCCAUCUGCACCUGCGGCCACGACGACUACGUGGACGAGCUCAGCGUCUUCUGCAGCUCCCGGAACCUCACGCGGCUGCCCGACGCCAUCCCGGACGGUGCCAGGGCCCUGUGGCUGGACGGCAACAAUCUGUCCUCCGUCCCCGCGGCUGCCUUCCGCAAUCUCUCCGGCCUCGCCUUCCUCAACCUGCAGGGCAGCGGGCUGGCCAGCCUGGAGCCGCAGGCACUGCUCGGCCUGCAGCAGCUCCGGCACCUGCACCUGGAGCGGAACCAGCUGCGCGGUCUAGCGGCCCGCACCUUCCUGCACACGCCGGGCCUGGCCUCCCUCGGCCUCAGCAACAACCUGCUCGGCCGGGUGGACGAGGGCCUCUUCCAGGGCCUGGCCGGCCUCUGGGACCUCAACCUCGGCUGGAACAGCCUGGCCGUGCUCCCCGACGCCGCCUUCCAAGGCCUGGCUAACCUGCGCGAGCUGGUGCUGGCGGGCAACAAGCUGGCCUACCUGCAGCCCCCGCUCUUCUGCGGCCUGGCCGAGCUCCGCGAGCUGGACCUGAGCAGGAACGCCCUGCGGAGCGUCAAGGCCAACGUGUUCGUCAAGCUGCCCAAGCUCCAGAAGCUCUACCUGGACCACAACCUCAUCACUGCCGUGGCCCCCGGCGCCUUCCUGGGCAUGAAGGCGCUGCGCUGGCUAGACCUGUCACACAACCGCGUGGGCGGCCUCCUGGAGGACACCUUCCCCGGCCUGCUGGGCCUGCACGUCCUGCGCCUCUCGCACAACGCCAUCGCUGGCCUGCGGCCGCGCACCUUCAAAGACCUGCACUUCUUGGAGGAGCUGCAGCUCGGCCACAACCGCAUCUGGCAGCUGCCCGACAAGGCCUUCGAGGGCCUGGGCCAGCUGGAGGUGCUCACGCUCAACGACAACCAGAUCCGGGAGAUGGAGGCAGGCGCCUUCCUCGGCCUCCUCAGCGUGGCCGUCAUGAACCUCUCCGGGAACUGCCUGCGGACGCUCCCGCAGCAGGUGUUCCACGGCCUGGGCCGGCUGCACAGCCUGCACCUGGAGCGCAGCUGCCUGGGCCGCAUCCGGCCGCACGCCUUCGCGGGCCUCUCGGGCCUGCGCCGCCUCUUCCUCAAGGACAACGGCAUCGUGGCCGUGGAGGAGGAGGGCCUGGGGGGGCUGGCGGAGCUGCUGGAGCUGGACCUCACAGCCAACCAGCUCACGCACCUGCCCGGCCAGGUCUUCCAGGGCCUCGGCAAGCUGGAGUACCUGCUCCUCUCCGGCAACCGGCUGGCGGCGCUGUCAGCGGACUCCCUGCGGCCCCUGCGGCGCGUCUUCUGGCUGGACGUCUCGCACAACCGCCUGGAGGCCCUGCCUGAGGCCGACCUGCCCCAACUGCGCUACCUGAGCCUCAGGAACAACUCCCUGCGGACCUUCACGCCACAGGCCCCUGGCCUGGAGCGCCUGUGGCUCGAGGGCAACCCCUGGCACUGUGGCUGCCCCCUGCGGGCCCUGAGGUCACUGGCCCUGCAGCAGCCCAGCGUUGUCCCGCGCUUCAUGCAGGCCGCGCUGGAGGGGGACGACGGCCAGCCACCCGUGUACGCCUAUAACAACAUCACCUGCGCCAGCCCCCCGGGCGUCUCGGGCCUCGACCUGCGUGACGUCGCCGAGGCUCACUUCGCUCACUGCUGACCAAGGCGCGCCUGGCCCGAUGCUGCCCCGGGGUCACAAUGGCGUCCCCCUCAGGGCGGGGGGGACACGGUACAGCCACGGGGUCCUGCUGGCGUGGGCACCGCCACCACACAGGCCCCGGCCCCCCAGCCGUCCCUCAUUAAAAGCCAUCU